AUGGAUUUUGCUGCAAUACUUGAGGUAUCAGCUCUUGAUUGGGUGCUCAUAGUGCUGUUGCUAGUGCUCUUCUAUAGAUGGAUACGAAGACAAGCUGAGCCUGAAGUGACGCCACCAAAGCCACACGUUGUGGCGCGCGAAUCAUGGUUAUGUUCUACUUAUGCAAAGUGUUUCUACUUAACAAUAGAAAUCUAUGUGUCUAAGUAUCUUCAGGUUCCGCCUCUUCCCAAGCAAGAUAUGACGCUGAAAGAACUGAGAAAGUAUGAUGGAGUCCAGGAUGAACACAUAUUGUUUGCUCUGAAUGGAACGAUUUAUGAUGUGUCACGCGGACACACAUUUUAUGGACCUGGGGGCCCAUAUGGUGCUAUGGCUGGAAGGGAUGCAACCAGAGCUCUUGCCACAAUGAAUGUGAAGGAUGUUAGGGAUGAAUGGGAUGACCAUGAGGAUCUGACAAGCGAUCAGAAGGAAACCGCAAAUGAAUGGGAAUCGUCUUUCAAGUAUAAAUACCCAACAGUAGGUAAACUAGUCAAAGAAGGCGAAGUUCGUGUUGACUAUGGAGGAGCAGUUUCAGCCAUACCAGCAUAA